AUGCACCGGACUACGCUCUACGCCACCGCGUCACAACACAGGCUUGUCAAUUUUUUAUUACAAACAGAUGUGAAACUUUACGACGGAAUCAAUAAAAUUUACAAGGGCAAGUUGUCGGCCUGCUUGUUUAGGAAAAUGGUGGAAAUCGAAUCCAUAGGCCACGCACCUGAAACCAGCAAAAACAUUGCAAAAUCGCUGCAGCACUCAGAUGUGGUGGCUGAUUUUUUUUAUAGGUUGCCGGGCACACAGGAGGCCAUCUGCCGGUAG